CCACUCUGACUGACCACCGUGCUCUCUCUCUCUCUCUCUCUCUGUCUGUUGUGGGUCAGAUCAUGAAGUCUGUUCAGUCUGUCGCUCUCUUUCUGAUGAUGAUGAUGAUGGUUUCUGUCUCUGCUGGUCCUCUUCCUCCGUCACUCAACGACUCCAGACGUGAUGAUCAGAUCAACGUGAGUCCUCAGCUGCUUAUCAACAAAGAGGAAAACUCCACCAGAUUUGAGUCUCGUCAAAGUGUCAACAACUCGCUGGAAGAUUUCUCGCGAGAUUCGAACAGGACAACGAAUGAGACGAGUCCUUUCAUGUUUGUUUUUCCGCUGGAGAAACAUGUCUCACCUGUGGUCCGCUGCUUCCUCCCUACCUGUGGGACAGCGAACCUCGGCUCCUCCCUCCAGAAGGGGGAUGAGAAAGCGGGCGGGGCGACCACCGACCCGUUCGGCAUCGGAAAGAAAUGACAGGAAACAGCUGUCUAUGACAUCAUCAUCACCGUCAUCGUCACGCCUGCAGCAGACUACGACUCCCAGGAUGCAUCUUGGCCAGAAACAUCCAAUCACAGAGCUCCACGUUCACUUUCUGAAGCUAAAGAUCAGAUUGAAAAAUCACUUUUAAAUUCAGUCACUUUUGGAUGAAUUCAGUUACCAUGGCGAUGCGUUUGGUUCUCCACCACUCAGCUGAGGCUCAUGGGUAUUGUAGUAUUUAGAGUGUAAUUACAACUGUUCAGGGAACAAACGUUGGUUAAACGGAACAUUUGAGACGUGAACACAGAAUCAUUUGAUGAAUCUGGUGUUUGGACCCUGGUAGACCUGAUCCCGACUGGGUCAGGACCCAGUUUGUUUCAAAUUCCGUCUGUGGAUGGCUCUAAAUACUACAAUACCCAUGAGCCUCAGCAAAGAAGAGCUGGAGAAGAUGGCAAUCAGCGAGGACCCGACUCGACUAAAAGACUAAAGUUUAUUUUCUCGUUGGUUUGGACGUUUGGACUCAGCCAAUCAGAAUGAAGCUCUGUGAUUGGGUGUUUGAUGGUGAAAAGCACCCUGGGAGUCGUAGUUUUCCUUCCUUUGCUUUGUUGUUCAGGUUGAGACAACAGCCUGUUUCUAUAAAUCUGUCA